UUGAGAAAUUUGACAAGACCCACCAAAAUGGAUGUUAGCAUAGGAAAGAAAAAGCCAUCCAAAAUAAAUUGGACUCAAUCACCUCCCCAAUUGAAUUCAGAGUAAAAAAAAAAAAAAAAUUUGUCACAGCAUACAACUACUGCAGAGAUCAUCAUAGUGAGGAAUUGCAUAACUUUGUAUGAGGAAGAAUAAUGGGGUUUGAGAAACAUAUUGGUAAGUAUAGGCUUGGAAGGACAAUUGGAGAAGGAACAUUCUCUAAGGUUAAGCUUGCUGUUAAUGGAGACAAUGGAGAGAAAGUUGCAAUCAAAGUCAUUGAUAAGCAUAUGGUCAUGGAAAACAAUCUUAAGAACCAGGUCAAAAGAGAGAUUAGUACAAUGAAACUUCUGCAUCAUCCCAAUAUUGUCAGAAUUUUCGAGGUGAUUGGGACAAAAACAAAAAUAUACAUUGUGAUGGAAUAUGUCUCAGGAGGACAAGUACUAGACAAGAUGUCCUAUGAGAAGAAGCUGAAUGAACAUGUGGCAAGGAAACUAUUCCAGCAGCUUAUUGAUGCCAUGGACUAUUGCCAUAACAAAGGAGUCUAUCACAGAGAUCUCAAGCCAGAAAACUUGUUGCUUGACAGCAAAGGAAACCUCAAAGUGUCUGACUUUGGAUUAAGUGCACUCCAAAAGCCUAAUGAUGUCUUAAACACACGGUGUGGCUCCCCAUGUUAUGUGGCACCUGAGUUGAUACUGAGCAAGGGAUAUGAUGGAGCUUCUGCUGAUGUUUGGUCAUGUGGGGUGAUUCUUUUUGAAUUACUUGCAGGCUUCUUACCAUUUGAUGAUCACAAUUUGAUGAACUUAUAUGAGAAGAUAUGCAGAGCAGCAUACAAAUGUCCACCAUGGUUUACUCAAAGUCAAAAGAAACUAAUUGCCAAAAUAUUUGUACCACGUCCUGGAAAGAGGAUAACUAUUCCAGAUAUUAUUGAAGAUGAGUGGUUUCAAACAGAUUAUGAACCUGCUUGUGUAUCUGAAUGUGUUAAGAACAUUAAGCUGGAUGAUUGUAAUGUUGCAUUUGAUUCAGUUGAGGAGAAAAUCAGAGAAUCAAAGAUACCAAAGUCCUCAAGUUUCAUUAAUGCAUUUCAACUAAUAGCCAUGGCACAGGACCUUGAUCUUUCUGGCCUUUUUGAAGAAGAACAGGAUCUCAAGAAGCAGAAGACAAGGUUUGGAUCCAAACACACAAUCAAUGAAACAACAGAAAAAAUUGAAGCUGCUGCAACAGAUAUGAGGUUGUCAGUAGAGAAAAUAAACAACUUUAAGAUAAAAUUACACCCGAAACAGAUGAUGAAUAGAUGUUCUAGAUCAUACUUUGACCUAUCAGCCCAGUUGAUUGAAGUUGCUCCAACUCAUUGUGUUGUAGAGAUAUCAAGAUCUGCAGGAGAUCUAAGAACAUAUACCAAAUUCUGUGAAAGUCUAUCAAGUCUGCUGGAACAAAAAUCUGGUUUGACAUCAUCACAGGAGCAAGAAGAAUCUAAGGAUGUUGCUGAUUCAACGCAUUUAUGAUAACUUUCAAUUAUCUAUUUCAGCAAUGAAGGGUUAGAGGAUAUAAAUCUGCUUUAAGAUUGACUUUAUUCAUUCAAUGAAGUUAUAGAAUAAGUUCGCCAGGCUAAAGGGUUUGGCAAUCAAGGAUUAUAUCAAAGUCCAAAAGAAUAUGUAAUGGUGAUUAUGUGAAUGUGGAAAUGUCAUAUUCACAUAAAUAUUAAGCAUGUUUUUCAAACAAUGUUCUUGCCAUUAAACAAAGUUCCAAGUAGCAAAAGACAAGAGCAGAACAUUAAGUACCAAUCUUCACAUCAUUAUUUAUUUACUUCAA